GUCAAUGAAUGAAAAUAUUGCAGUUCCUCUUCUUCGUCUUGUACUUGUUCCCGAUGGCGCAAGAGAGGAGUGCCCCCCCCCCACCCCCCUGGCAUCCAGAGAGCCAAUGAAGGCUCUCCCACCGUCUCACAUGAGUUUCUCAGGACGGCUUUUUUUUUUUUUUUUUUUUUAAAUGACCGAUAUUGAUGUAUGGUAAUUUCUUGGCCGUGGAUCACAUGACACAAUUACCUCAAGAAUCGAUCAAGAUGUAUAGCGAGCCCGCUCGCGGCUCUUUGCUUCGCGUCUGGGGCUGGUUGAGCGCAAACGGGCUAAGUUGAAAGGACACAAGCCGCGGAGAAGUCUCCUCCUCCGCUUUUCUCCAACCGUCGCCGCAGACAUGACGGACUACGACGAGCGCGCGUCCAACAUGUAUCUGCCCAGCUGCACUUACUACGUCUCCACACCCGAUUUCACGUCCGUCUCCUCCUUUUUGCCGCAAAGCACCUCGUGCCAGGUGAAUUUCCCCUACUCGGCCAACAUCGGACAACCUGUUCGCGAGGUCUCCUUCAGGGAUUACGGACUGGAGCACCCGAGCAAAUGGCACUACCGGGGCAACUACGCGUCCUACUACUCCUCGGAGGAGAUCAUGCACCGGGAUUUGAUCCAAUCGUCCUUCAAGAGCGAGCCCCUGUACGGCGGCGGACACCACCACGCGGGCGCCGGCUCGCCUUGCAACCUCUUCCCCGGCGUGGGACGCAACGGGGUCCUACCGCAGGGCUUCGACCAGUUCUUCGACGGAUCCAACAACCCGGACAAGAACGCCGCCGAGCCACCGCCGCCUCCGCUUCCGCCACCGCAGCCCAGGCAAAAAGAUGGCGAGGACGCGGCCGGGGACGCCAAAGCGGACCGGGGCGCCGGAGACGCGACGGCCAGCGUGGACGACGACUCGUCGUCCAACUGUGGCGACAAGAACAGCCAACAGACCUCGUCCAGCAAGUCACGGAAGAAAAGGUGUCCCUACUCCAAGUACCAGAUCCGAGAACUUGAACGAGAGUUCUUCUUCAACGUCUACAUCAAUAAGGAAAAGCGCCUGCAGCUCUCCAGGAUGCUCAACCUGUCCGACCGCCAAGUCAAGAUCUGGUUCCAAAACAGACGAAUGAAGGAGAAGAAGCUCAACCGCGACCGUCUACAGUACUUCACUGGCAACCCCCUCUUCUGAUACACAGUACAAAUACACUAACAAUACUCAUAUAUAAUAUA